GUUUAGACAAAAAUGCCGGCAGGACAUGGAGUUCGUGCUCGAACGAGGGAUCUGUUCGCAAGAGGGUUCAGGAAGAAGGGUACAAUCCCAUUGUCCACAUACCUCAGAACCUUCAAGGUGGGAGAUUACGUUGAUGUUAAAGUGAAUGGUGCAAUCCACAAGGGUAUGCCUCACAAAUUCUACCAUGGUCGUACUGGUCGUGUCUGGAAUGUUACUAAACGUGCCGUUGGUGUCGAACUUAACAAACAGAUUGGAAACAGAAUCAUAAAGAAGAGGCUUCAUGUGCGUGUGGAGCACGUGCAACAGUCUAGAUGCGCUGAGGAGUUCAAACUAAGGAAGAAGACGAACGAUGAGCUCAAAGCUGCAGCCAAAGCUAGAGGCGAGACAAUAAGCACCAAGAGGCAGCCUAAGGGACCCAAACCAGGGUUCAUGGUUGAAGGUAUGACCUUGGAGACCGUCACUCCUAUCCCAUACGACGUCGUCAACGAUCUCAAGGGAGGAUACUAGUUCUAUUUUGGUUUUUGUUAAUUUCUUGUAUCGUAUUUCAGUGUUCUGCGUGUAUUGUAUCUACGAAUACUAUGUUUCUAAGAUGCAAUACAGACUCAUAAUUUGUCUCGUUUAUAAUUCAUUCCUUUUUGUUACCUUUAAACAACACUUCUUCAUUGUGAAGCAGAUUUGUAGUUUUUAGAUAUCACUAAAAAAAAUGAAGAAGUUAGACAUAUACUCCUAAAGCUUGAAAAC